AGCCGAGGAAGAGGGAGGGAGUGUAAAUAGAGCGAGGGCGGCGCGGCGGCGGCCCCCACCACCUCCGGGUGACCCGCGAGGAGCCCGAGGGAGAUGGAUGAAGAUGAGCAGGAGCAGCGGCGCAGGAAGGUGGAAGCCGGGAGAGCGAAGCUUGCUCACUUCCGACAGAGAAAAACAAAAGGUGACUGUACGAAUUCGAAGAAAAAGACGUCGAAGAGGAAGGGCUCGGCUGUCGAUGCGUCUGUCCCGGAGGAGGGUCCGUUAGCCCCCCAGGACAGUGGGCACCUUGGAGGAGGGGACCUUGGCAGAAGCACAUCAUGCAGCCUCACACCGGAUGCUCAGAGAGGGGCUUGUGCAGCUCAGGAAGAAGAACACGACUGUGAACUGGCAAGCGGAUCUGAGACUGAGGCUGGCCGGCAACAGCAGCCUCAGACGGCGCCCAGCCUGGAGCUGGAGGCGCUGCGCCUGAGCCUGAGCAACAUGCACACGGCGCAGCUGGAGCUGACCCAGGCCAACCUGCAGAGGGAGAAGGAGACAGCACUGACCGAGCUGCGGGAGAUGCUCAACGGCCGGCGGGCGCAGGAGCUGGCUCUGCUGCAGAGUAGGCAGCAGUGUGAGCUGGAGCUGGUCCGGGAGCAGCACGCACGAGAGAAGGAAGCGAUGGCACUCCGCUGUGGGCAGGAGACGGCGGAGCUCAAGGAGAAGCUGCAGUCAGAGAUGGAGAAAAGUGUGCAGAUGCUGGAGGCCCUGAAACAAGACUGGGAAUCUGAAAGAGAGUUAUGCUUGGAAAAUCUACGCAAAGAAUUAUCUGCAAAGCACCAGUCAGAAAUAGAGAAUUUGCAAAACCAGUUUCAGAAAGAGCUGGCAGGACAGAAAACUGAGUUGGAAAAGAUUUUUCAAGCUAAAAAUCAGGCUGAAGUCUCCCUGAAGAACCUGGAGGCUCAACACCAGGCGGCCAUCAGGCAGCUACGAGAGGACCUGCAGGCAGAGCAUCGCCAGUGCCUCGAAGACCUGGAGUCGAGAUCCAGAGAAAGGGAGAAGGGGAAACAGCUGGAGCUGGAGAAUCUUCAAGCAUCCUACGAAGACCUGAAGGCCCAGUCACAAGAAGAAGUCAAGCGCCUGUGGUCCCAGCUGGAGUCUGCGAGAACCAGCAGAGAGGAACUGAAUGGGUCUCUGGAGCCGCUCCUGGCCCGUGCGUCCUGCCUGGAGGAGCUGGAGCACCUGCGGCGAGACUUUGCUCAGCAGCAGCAGCGGGACAGAAGCCAGCACGAGUCUGAGCUGGAGCAGCUGAGGGUCUAUUUUGAGAAGAAGUUGAGAGAUGCUGAGAAGACUUAUCAGGAGGACCUGACUCUGUUUCAGCAGCGGCUGCAGGAGGCAAAGGAAGAGUUCCCUCUGGGGUCUGAGGAAGUCAGUUCAUCCUGUACGUUUUUAGAAGACAUGUCUGAUGGAAAAAGAAAAGAACACAGUGAUCAACUUGACAGUCAUCUUGGGCAGCAGAAGAUGGGGCCAGAAGCGUGGGAUUGCUCCCUCCACAUCCAGCAUGAGGACCCGUUGGACAGAUGCCUCCUGGGACCCCAGGUGUUGGAGCUAGAGCCACUCCAGCCUGCGCCUGCAGACCAGCACGGCCAAGAGAAUGCACAGGUGUGUCUCCGGUGUGUGCAGGAUGCAACCCUGGAGGAGGGCACGCAGGUGGCGGCCAGAGUCCUGGCUUUGGAAACUGAGCACAAGGUCAGAUUGUCGCUGCUUCAGACUGAGCUCAAGGAAGAAAUUGAACUCUUAAGAAUAGAAAACAGAAACUUACAGGAGAGGUUGCAGCACGAGACCCGUCUGAAAGAGGAUCUGGAGAGAGUAAAACGUAGUUUGGUCGAAGACCACCAGGAAGAACUAAAUAAAGCUGAGCAGAAGGUUCAGCUACUGAAACAAGAGUUCAGAAAGAAAGAGGUGGAGUGGGAGCUUUUACGCGAGGACCUGAGGAGAGAAGCUGAGGAGAACCUAGCUUCCACGUGCCGUGUUCUGAGAGAAAAGGCCGAGUCUGAGAAGCGGUCUGUCGUGAGCAGGUUCUCGAGUCGGGAAGCUCGGAUGAGACACCUCCAGGACCAGCAGGCAGCACAGAUCCAGGCCCUGGAGAAGUCCCUGGUGGAGCAGCAGGGCCGCCUGCGGCAGCUGGAACAAGCACUUGCAGGGGACGAGGCUCUGCCCCGUGGCGGGUGUGGCCAGGAGGCCCCCGUGGCCCCAGACGGGGAGCGUGGUGUGCUCCUCCAGGGGACGGAAGAGUGUGCCCUCCAGCUGAUGCAGGCCCAGAACAGGUUUUUGGAGGAGCGUCAGGAGAUCAUGGAGAAGUUUGCUGCAGAGCAGGAUGCCUUCCUGCAGGACGCCCAGCAGAAGCACACCCACGAGCUCCAGCUCCUGCAGCAGGGACACCAGCAGCAGCUUCUGGCCUUGAGGACAGAGCUUGAGAGCAGGCACCAGGCAGAGCUGGCCAAGCUGGCGGCCUCCCUGGAGAGGGAGCAGCAGGUGCAACUCGAGGCUCGUGUGGCUGAGCUGCAGAUGAAACACGCUGCUGAAAUCAGUGCUCUGGAAACGAGACAUUUGUCCAGCCUGGAUGCUCUGGAAUCCUGCUAUCUGUCUGGGGUUCAGGCCAUUCAGGACCAGCAUAGGCAGGCUCUGGAGCUUUUGCGAGCGGAGCUUGAGGAACAGCUGCAGAAAAAGGAGUCUUCUCACCAAGCAGUUUUGACUCAGGAGUUGGAGAAACUUAAGCUAAAACAUGAGGAGGAGCUUCAGUCUGCCAAGGAAAGCCUGAGAAUGGAAAUGCGUGCCAAACAUGCAGAGCAACCGAAAGCCUUGGCCACAGAGCUGCAGGGUGUGCACCAGGAGGAGCUGGCUGCAACCCUGCGUGAUCAGAGGCACCUGCUGGAGGAGGAGAGGGUUGUGGCAUUGGGCAAGCUGGGUGCGGAGGCUCUGUUCCUGGAGGUCCAACAGCAAACCACCCUGCAGCAGCUGGGGGACACACACGCAGCCCUGGCCGAGGUGCAGCCACAGCAAGCAGAACAGGCCAAGCUGCAGGAGCUGCAGGCACCGCAGGAGCAGGCUGAGCGGCUGAAAGGCCAAGUCCUGUCCUUACACCGGGAGGUGGAGGAGUGCCGGGCUGAGCUCGAGAGGCUGCAGCAGAGGCGCGAGCGGGAGAACCAGGAGGGCGCCGCCCUCGUCUCCAUGCUCAGGGUGGACGUGGACCUGUCUCAGAGUGAAAGGGGAGCGCUGCGUGAUGCCCUGAGAAGGCUGCUGGGUGUGUUUGGAGAGACGCUGAAGGCAGCCAUUGCCCUGAAGAGCCGGAUCGAUGAGCGUGUGGGGCUCUUUCUGGACCAUGCAGAUGCAGGCCAGGCCCCGCCAGCAGCUCCACCCCUUGAGGAGAUGUGGUCAGACGCAGCCUUGCUGGAGUUGGACAGAGCUUUGCCUGAGGGUGCAGAGGUAUCUUCAGUGGCUGAGAUCAGCAGUCACGUGUGCGAGAGCUUCUUCAUGAGCCCUGAAAGUACACUGGAAUGUGAGCAGCCGAUCAGAAGAGUCUACCAGAGCCUUGGCAUGGCUGUGGACGGCCUCUUGGAGAUGGCCCUGGACUCCUCCAGACAGCAGCUGGAGGAAGCUCGUCAGAUUCAUUCUCGCUUUGAAAAGGAGUUCAACCAUAAGAACGAGGAGACGGCACAGGCCCUCCAGAAGCACCACGAGCUGCUGCAGUGCCUGAGGGAGCAGCGGGCAGCCAAGGCCGAGCUGGCACUGGAGCUGCACAGGGCCGAGGGCCUCCUGGAAGGGUUCAAAGUGGAGAAAGCAGAUCUGCAGGAAGCACUGGGCCGGAAGGAAGAGUCGGAGCAGCAACUGGUCCUGGAGCUGGAGAGCCUGGGGCGGCAGCUGGAGCAGGCGGCCCAAGAGCAGGCAGCCCUGCGGGAGGAGCGCUCCAUCCUGUGGAGCCAGAGGGAAACUUGGGCUGCUGAAGCAGAAGCAAGAGAGGCAGGCACUGCUGUCACUGCAGCGCCCGAGAACCCAGCACUGCGGAAGGAAGUGGAGUCUCUAACUAGGGAGCAGGUGGAGGCCAGGGAGCAGGCGGAGAAGGACCGUGCAGCCCUCCUCUCCCAGAUGCAGGUCUUGGAGUCUGAGCUGGAGGAGCAGCUCUCGCAGCACCGUGUCUGUGCCAGGCAGGUGGAGGAGGCGACAGCCCUCAAGCAGCAACUGGCUGCCCUGGAUAAGCAGCUGCGCAGCCAGCGGCAGUUCAUGGACGAGCAGGCAGCUGAGCGUGAGCAUGAGCGGGAAGAGUUCCAGCACGAAAUCCAGAGGCUGGAGGGGCUGCUCCGCCAGGUGGCCGGGCCGCGGCCCCCAGGCCCCCGUGAUGACCAGCGCGCACCGCUGGAGGAGGAGAUUGAACAGUUGCAAGAAAAAUUGAGAGAAAAAUCGGAUGGAUUUAAUGAGUUGGUUAUAAAGAAAGAGUUGGCAGAUAGGCAAGUGUUAAUCCAGGAAGAAGAAAUUAAGCAUCUUGAGGAGACCAACGCCAACACCAGAAGACAAGUGGCCCAGCUCCAGGAGGAACUGGAAAAACAGAAAAAGAUGGUGAAAAAAUUACAAGAUGAAGAGGCACUAAAGGAACAUCAGAGGAGGGACUUGCUGCUGGUGUCCCUGCCGCAGUCGCAGCCCCCCGAGGGCCCCGAGGUCUUGUCAGAGGCGGCGCAGAGGGUCCUGCUGCAGCGUGAGCGCCAGGUUUUGGACUUAAAAGAACAACUAGAAAAGAUGAAAAAUGACCUAGUAAGUAAAAAUGAAGAAAUACUACUUCUGAACCUAAAACUAAAUGUGCAGAGCGACCCUGCCGCCACCCGAGACCUUGGAGAGGAGAGCGCCAGUUCAGAGGUUGAGUACAGCAGAAGUUCUGAGGUUGAAGAGCUGAGAGCCAUUAUUGAAACUUUGCAAGAGAACCAGAAACGGUUACAGAAGGAUAAAGCAGAAGAAAUUGAACAGCUGCAUGAGGUCAUUGAGAAGCUGCAGAGUGAGCUGUCCCUCAUGGGGCCUGUGGUGCAUGAGCUCAGUGACAGUCAGGUGGGCAGCCUGUGCAGUGAGCUGCUCUGUUCCCAGACCCAGGGCCCUGCAGGGCAGGUACUGCAGGCUGAGCUGGAGGCUGCAUGUGCCGCCAAGGAGGCACUGGGCCAGCUGUUGGCUGACCAGGAGCGUGAGCAUAGCGAGGCCCUGGAGGCCCUGCAGCAGCGCCUGCAAGCUGCAGAGGAGGCCGCUGCCCUGCAGCUAGCUGAACUGGGACGCACUGUAGCCCUCAGGGAGGCUGAGGUCCAGGGCAUGGCUUCCCGGAUCCAGGAGCUCGAAGCCAUCCUGAAGGCAAGGGAAGCAACAAUUGCGCAGAGAGAUUUAGAAAUUGGUGCUAUGAACCAGAGGAAGGCAGCCCACUCCACAGAGCUGGAGGCUGUCCUGUUGGCCUUGACACGCUUCCGCCGGGCCCUGGAACAGCAGCCGUUGGCUGCCCCAAAGGAGCCUCCUGAACUCCAGCGGCUACGAGUGCAGUGUGUCCGCCUCAGCUGCCAGCUGCAGGCUCUGAGCCAGCGGUUUCUGAGGUGUCAGGCGGAGCUGGGCAAGCAGCAGGCCUGUGUGGAUGCAGAGGCUGUGCGCGAGGACUGGCUGGAGCAGCGUGGCGGAGGCCCCCACAGCCGAGGCCCACAGGGCGAUCUGCAGCCUGCCAAAGUCCUAGUGACGCUGAAGGACGCUGGUCUCCACAAGCCAGAAAGUGCGAUGUCGGUGCUCACAGUCUGCCAGAGGCAGCUGGAGGCGGAGCUGCUCUUGGUGAAAGACGGCAUGCGCUUGAGCGCUGAGGAUGCUGGCAGGGUGCCAGUGGGGACGCAGGGUAAGAACAAACGACUGGAAGAUGGUCAGCUGCAGAAAUUUGACCUCAUAGCUCAGGUGAAACAACUUCAAAAAAAGCUGAACAGGCUGGUACGCUCCAUGGCCUUCCAGGACAUGGACCCCGCGGGCUCUGAGCCCCAGCAGCCCUUGGCAGCAGCAGACCCGUCAGAAAACAGCUCCGGUGGUAGUUCCUGUGAUGGAGAAGCAGCAGGUGCCUCGCCUCCUGUUGAUGCAUGUGAUGCCACCACCUCCACGUGGGGUCUCGUUGACGUGAUUAAAAGUCGGGAUUCUUUUGUUGGAAGUGAAAUGCUGUAUUUUUCCAUUCAAGAGGCAUUAGAGUCACAGGAUGGGCCCCUUUCCUCACGGACCAGUGAGCCUGGCGACUCCUGCCAUGCUGAGGAGGCCGAGCCUGAGAAGGACCUGCCAGGAGUGCUGGACCUGUCCUCCUGGAGCUCCCCUGAAGCCCUCCGGAAAGACGCGACCCUGGAGCCCCAGCCAGGCUUCCCCCUGACGCCCUGCUCGGGCACCCUGAGCCUGCCCAGUGCUGUCACCUCCCCCCAGCCUGGGGCAGACUCGCUGCUGCAGGCCGACACGUCCGGGCUGCAUUGUUACCCGGGUGGGUCAGCAGCAGGACCGGCCCCGCAGUGGGCAGCAGCCCCGCCGACUGACCACCACCACCACAGGGAGAGCACAGCUGCGGAGAAGGACGUCGAGGACUUCAUUGCAACCGCUUCUAAUUCUCAAGACACAAGAAGAUCCUCUCUUGUGGGGUUGACCGGGGACAGCGAUGGAAGUGAACACAGUGGCGGCCAGGGUAUUGGAGUAAUGCUGAGCCCAGAGGUGGGAGGACCCGAGGCUCCUGUUGCUAGUCCUGCGACUCCUGCCAUCGUCUCCAGAGGGUCACGAGAGCCACCCAGAGUGAUGAAGGAGAAGGAGGUCCACCCACAGCACAUGAAGGCUUUGCUGCAGAUGGUGUGUGACGAGAGCCACCAGAUACUGGCCUUGUCGGAGAGCCGAGACCUCCCCAGCACCCUGAGCAAGGGCGAGCCCUGGGCCUCCCUGGACCACUUCUCAAAUGAGGGGCAGGGCCUGCUGGAAGUGGCCCCCAAGAAAGGAGAGAAGGAGUCUUCCGACACGCAUCAUGACUGGAGGGGCCAGUUUCUGCAGGCUGUGCAGGAGGCAUUGGAAAGGGAACGGGAGGUGCUGAAGGCGGAACUGCAGUCAGGUUCCAGUGGCCCAGACCUGAAGAACUGCAGCUUCCUGUUUGAGCGGUUGGAGAAGGUUGUGCAAGAGCAGGGAGACCUGCAGGAGAAGGCUCAGCAGCACCAGCGCCUGCAGGACAGGAGCAGCCUGCUGUCUGAGGUCCAGGCCCUGCGUGCCCAGCUGCGUCUGACGCACCUGCAGAACCAGGAGAAGCUGCAGCAGCUGUGUGCAGCACUGACCAGCGCAGAGGCCCGCGGGAGCCAGCGGGAGCACCAGCUGCGCAGGCAGGGUGGGUGCCGCUGCUCUCGCUGCCCUGUGCCUCCACCUCCAAGGCCCCCACCGGCCAUGCUCCUGUGGGUUGAGCUGUUGGCCUACAAGGUUGAGCAGGAAAAGUGCAUAGCAAGUGAUUUGCAGAAAACCCUAAGCAAAGAGCAGGAGACAGCAAGUGAUGUCCGCAGACUCCUCGCGGUGGAGCAGAGUGCAGCGCAGGAUUUGAAGUCGGAGAACGAGAGGCUGCUGGAGUCCCUUGGCGAGGCCCAGCGGGAGUCUCUCCAGCUGAGGUCACUGCUGGAUGGGAAGGAGAGUGACCUGAAGGCCGCGCUAGAGGAGCUGGAGAGUGAGCGAGGGAAGGCGCGUGUCCUCCAGGCCCAGCAGGAGGAGCAGCACCUGCAGCACCUGCAGAGGGAGGGCCAGAGUGCCAAGGCCCUGGAGGAGUUGAAAGUAUCUUUGGAGAAGCAACAUGCUCAAAAUAAUCAGUUGUGCAUUGCAUUGAAACAUGAGCGGAUGGCCAAGGACAACCUGCAGCAGGAGCUGCAGAUCGAGCACUCGCGCUGUGAAGCCUUGUUGGCACAGGAGCGCAGCCAGCUCUCCCAGCUCCAGGAGAGCCUGGAGGCAGAGAGGAGCCGGUCCCGGGAGCUGUCGGAGGCCCUGCAGCACGAGCGGGUCCUGACGGAGCAGCUGAGCCGCAGCGUGCAGGAGACGGCUGUGCAGCAUGCCCUGCUGCGGAAGCUGAAGGAGGAGAAGGCCCGCGUGCAGGAGCUCCAGACGGUGCUCACCAGGGUGCAGCAGCAGGCCCUGCACACCCAGCAACAGCUGGAGGCCCAGGCCCAGGAGCACCGUGUGCAGCUCCGGAGGCAGCAGGAGGUAAGUGCCACCUUGAGGUUGGCGGUGGACACACUGCAGACCCAGAGCCAGAGCCAGGAGCUGAGACGCUGCCUGGAGAGCAGGAGGGAGAAGCCAGCUUGGCUACAGGCAGAAUCAGAGCAGUCACACACACGAGCCAGAGAGCACGAAGCCCGCAAGGAAGGAAGGAGGAGGACGCAGAGGCCCAGCCAGGCAGACGCCGCGCAGUGGAAGACGUGGCGGAGAGACAAGGAGAGGCUGCGGGAGCUUGAACUGCAGCGCCAGCGGGAUGCGCACAAGAUGGAGCAGCUCCAGCAGGCGGUGAGAGGGCUGCUGGCCGAGGAGGAGGCGCCCCAGGGCGACGGCCCCCGCCCCAGCUCCCUGGAGAUGGACCACCUGCAGGGACAGCGGCAGGAGCUGGAGAGGAUUCGUCAGCAGCUGCUCUGUGCCGCUGGGCUCUUGGCCAGCUUCGUCAGCCGCACGGUGGACAGGACAAUUCACGACUGGACGCUAUCCAACGAGAAGGCAGUGUCAUCUUUAGUACAGACUUUACAGGGGCUCAAGGCUGAGCUGAGCACGCCCACCUCCUCCCAGAAGAAAACGGCGGCAGAGCUCCUCCAAGUCCAGCUGGUGGACCUGCUGCUGCAGGACAACAGCGCGCUCACCAGCGCCCUCAGCACAGCAGCCCGGGAGGAGGCGGAGCUGCGCAGGGCGGUGUCCCGGCUGGAGAGGACACUGCGGCACCACACGCAGAAGGGCUGCAUCCUGAGCAGGUCCGGCAGGUCUGCCUGGAAGCAGGAGAAGACAGCUCCUCGAAGCUCGGACUCGGGUCAGCCCGCACUGGCUGCAAGUGAGGAGGCAGACACCUCCCACGUCAAAAUGGAGAAGUUGUACCUGCAUUACUUGAGAGCAGAGAGCUUCAGAAAAGCUCUGAUUUAUCAGAAGAAGUAUCUCUUACUAUUGAUUGGCGGGUUCCAGGAUUCUGAGCAGGAGACCCUCUCCAUGAUUGCUCACUUGGGGGUGUUCCCUUCCAAAGCAGAGAAGAAGGGAGCCUCGUCCCGUCCUUUCACCAGGUUCCGCACUGCUGUCCGGGUGGUCAUCGCGGUUCUCAGGCUGCGUUUCCUGGUUAAGAAGUGGCAAGAGGUAGAUGGGAAAGGAGCCCCACGAGGCAGAGCCCCCCGCCCAGGGCCCCGAGUGCCACGGCAGCAGCUGCCUCCACCAGAAACCAGAGCAACUCCAUCAACCCAGGACCAGCCUUCUGACCUUGCCGGGGACAGUGCCCGAGGCUCUGGACCUGAGGCAGCAGCCUCCCCGAGCCGGCAGGAGAGAUCUGCUCCGUCCCCAAAUUCAAAAUUAGAAAGAGCUCUGGCUGCCUCUCAAGAUUCAGAACAUUCCUUGACAGAAUAUAUUCACCAUUUAGAAAUGAUCCAGCAAAGACUAGGAGGCGCCCCGCCAGAUUCUACUUCAAAGAAAUCCUGCCGCCAGAAGAUUAAGCAGUGAAUAAAGUCCUGUGGCUUUUAACCUGUGACCUUUCUAUUUGAGGAAAGAUGUUUUUUCCUAAGGAAAGCUCAUGUGACUUGGGCACUCCUCACGUGCCUCUGAUGCCAGCCCCAAGUGCCACCAAGUCCCUCCGCGAGGCACUGCGGCAAAGCCACACAGAGCAGUUCAGCCCAUCUCGGUGUGCUUCUGCUCCUGGGCCCGCACAGCCGCAUGACUGCCCCGGGGUCUGUCAGCAGAGCUGCCGCGCUGCCUCUGGAGGGAAGUGGACGGCUUCCAGCUGUUUAUUUUCCUAACGUGUACAGAUGGGAACUUGUUAAAGUCUUAAACGCACGCAGGCGGGAAGGAACGAAGUGUAGGCACUGUUCUGUUGUGAGCAGCCUGGUGCUGGUGUCUGGUUCACCCGGUGUGUGCUUCUCAUUGGCAAAAGUGAACGAAUAAAACUUGGACUUAGGUCAGACCCUGGAAAGCCAGAUGCCUGGGUGAGCUCAGGUCAUUGUCCUCUGUGCGACUCCUCCCACCAGUCCUCGUUCCCUUCUCUGCCACACUACCACACCUGCACUGGACAGCCAGCACCUUCACCUGGGUUUAUAAGGCUGUCAGUGUGUAUGGGUUUAGUGAGCACGGCAAAAUGCUUUUAAAAACAGUAAAUAACUAGUGGGUACAUGGUCAUUGUUUGAAAAUGUCUAUAAUGAAAGAAAGAUGGAGAAAAUGCAUUAUGGUCAAGUAAAGUGUGGCUCAGGAGUGCCUUUUCCAAACACACGGUACUGUGU